AUGGGGCUUGGACCUGGCUGGUCCCGAGGGGUAGAACGGAGCCUCCGUCCCUGCCUGGGGCUACGGCAAGUGCUGGGGGUCCGGGUGGUGGCAGGGUCCCUUUGGAUUCUCCCCCGGGCACUCUCCUGCGCUGUUCUGCUCCUUCUGCUCGUCGCCGUGCUGAGCAGAGGCAAGAGGUGCAGCAUCGCCAAAAUCCUCCGGCAGUACCGUGCUGUCAUCUUCCACGAGAUCCAGAACCUGAAAAACCUGAGCAGGUCGGCGGAGAGGAGCCCAAGGGCUGGGCCGGCUUGUCGUUCGGAUAAGGACCAGAAGAUCCUGCUCUCCAUCUACAACAUCAGCAUGUCCCUGCGGGAGGUGGCGGCCGGCACCCUGCGCGGCCCCGAGGAGCUGGUGGUGUGGAAGGUGGCCAGAAACACUGACUUCGUGCUCAGGGAGAACUGCAGGAAAAUCAGCAAGAACCUGCCGCGCAUCCCGGCACAGCCCCGGCGCAGGGGACCCGGCCGCAGGAGAAAGCAGCUGCGGGAGAUUGGGAGGAAGGCAGAGAGGCUGGUGACCUGCUGGGAGAAGCUCUACGCCCUGCACGCAUCCCACCGUGCCCCCCGGGACUCGUAGGGACACCUUCGCCACGGUGCCGGAGGGACGCGCUGCUCCGGCACCGUGGCUGCCGGCUUCUUGUUUGGAAAUCUGGGGCAAAUUCAAUCCUGAAGGCUGCGGAGUUGCUACCGGCGGGUGCCAAAGCUGAAUUUGUCCUCCUGUCUCAAGCGGUAGCCAGGGACCGGCCCCAUCGCGCGUGGUGGGGGCUGGCAGGUUGGUUUGCUGUGGGACGGCUGCGGCAGGAAGCUGGAACAUCAGAAACGUGGGGGAGAAGAAGGGGAAGUGCCAAAAAAAGGAGGUGAGGCGUUGGAUUUCUGUGAUGCUCCUGGCCCUGCAUCACCUGCUGCUUUCUUGGGGACAACGGUUGCUUUUCGGGGCAAAAAGAGGACGCGUGGGGCCAUGGCUUGGAGGGCUCUGCUGGAAGCGGGACCACUGCGCAUCUGCAAGGCUCUGAGGGUGGCCGGGCUGCGGAGCGGGACAAGUGUCCCUGUUACACUGCUGGGACAUGCAAAGUGGCUGGGCACUCACAGCAGACGGGGAAGCCAGGGUGCAUCACUGGGCACCCAGGGAAGCCUGGGGAGCACCGGUGCUCGCGGAUAAACAGCAAAACCCCAGGCAGCUGAGGGGGCUCGAGGCCAAGGCACGGUCUCUGGGAUGGAGGCACCUCGGAGGGACCCGGCUUCUUGGCACUGUGGGUGCCCCGGCACCCCCCGGUGAGCCGAGCCCAGAGGGAUGCGGGCUUCGGUGAGAUGAGGAGCAUCCUCCCUCAUCACCGUGCUCUGCCAGUGCCCUGGCCGGGGUCCCCGCUCCCCCGUUGGGUGGCAAAAAGUCUCUGGGAAGCCAGAAAUAAAACCUCUCCUUCCCUGGAAGCCCUUUGGGUGCUUUAUCUGGUGACCCAGGGGCUCUUGCGCUGUGCACGGGGCUGGCGUGGUGCAGGGGCCG